UAGGCACCAAGUACCAAGCUUCGGUUGGGUUCAGUUAACAGUUGAGUUUCUUCUUCAAUGAGCUUGAAAUGCACGUCUUUACCAAUCUAAGAACAAAAUCCUAAAUUUCCAGAUCUGUGCACUACAUCUUAAAAAUGGCAGUGGUCAUCGACGCCUCCAUUUGGGAACCCAAUCCCUCUCUGUAUCUCUUCAUUUUCAUCUGUUGCUUCUUCUCUAUCGCUCUCUUCCCACAUGCCUCAAGAACCAACAAUAGCAUCAACAAAUCUCAAUCUCCCUUCGAUCAUGGCAUCUCUUCUUCUUCUUCUUCUUCUUUCCUUCGUUUCCAGCGAAAGUUCCUCUUUUUCUUCUCUCUCGCUUCAGUCAUGGAAGGGCUGUGGUCCGUGUUUGGAGAGUUUGAAUUGGCUAAAUAUGGAGUUAAUAAGGAGCAAAUCAUGACGUCUCUCUGUGUUGGAUAUGGUGCUGCUCUUCUUGUUGGUACCUUUUUAGGGAUGAUCUCUGAUUUAGUAGGUCACAAGAAAUCUUGUUUGAUCUUUUGCAUCCUACACCUCUUUGUUGGCAUAUGGAAGAGGAUUAUGCCACAUCCUAGCGUCUGGUUAGCAAGUACAUGUUUAUCCCUUGCCACCUCAAUAUUUUCUUUCAGUUUCGAGGCAUGGGUAGUUGUCGAAAAUGAAAAGCAAGGACAUGGACAAGAUACUUUGAGUGACACAUUUUGGUUAAUGACUUUCUUUGAGUCAGCAUCAUUAAUUGGAAGCCAGGUGCUUGCAAAUUGGCUGUUGGGUAGUAAUCUGGAAAAAGGCUUUGCAUCUUGUUACACUGCAGCCAUCUUUCUGGCAAUGAUAGGUAUCGUCUAUGUCAACAAAGGAUGGAAAGAAACCACACAAGAUGCUGCCAUUAAAGAUUAUAGGGUAUCUUACAGACAUAUCUUUACUGAUAAACGAAUGUGGCUACUGGGAUGUGCACACGCUUGCCUUCAGUUCUCUAUUGCUGUCUUCUGGAUUAUGUGGGCCCCAACAUUGGUGGCUGAUGGACGAGAAGUGUCUCUAGGGCUGAUACAUCCAUGCUUGCUGGGAGCAAGAAUGCUGGGAAGCACAGUAUUUCCCUGGCUUUUGAGUGGUCCAUCAUCAAUUAGAACUGAGGAUUGCCUAGUGUAUGCAUUCAUUGUUCUAGGGUUCACCUUGUCAAUUGUGGCUUAUGAUUAUCAGGAAAUUGGAGUGUUAGUAUCACUGUUUUGUUUAUUCCAUGCUGGAGUAGGUCUAAUUAUACCUUCACUCGCAAGACUGAGGACCAUGUACAAUGAAAUGCAUGUGCCAAAUGAAUUGCGUGGAGGAAUGAUAAGCCUUUCUCUAGCUCCUGCAAAUGCAGCUAUUCUGUUUUGGCUGAUGCAAAGAGGCUAUUAUCAGAAAAUUGAGAAUUCGACUAUGAUUGCAUUAGCUGCUCUUGGACUCUUCGUGGCAGCUGGCUGCAUGCAUUUGUUGAAGGGAUGGGGGAAGCAACCAUACCAGAACUGGCACAAGUUGUAAUAUCAACAACUCCACCGAUUUCAGAAAUUGAGUUGAUGAAAUUGGGCGUCUGUCAUCUAACUUAGAUGGUCAAGUGAGGUGAAGGAGAGAGAUUGUGUGCCCUCAAGACCAGAGCAAAUCUAAUAAAAAAGAAAGAGGUCCAAUCUCAUGUAUACAUAACCAAGAAAGAAAGGGCGCUGCUAGUCCAAGCUGAAUACGCAUUGUGAGCAAACUGAGAGCAACGCACGGGAGAAUUUUUGUUCAAUGUUCAUUCUUCGACAGCAUAUUUAGCACAAAUCUUGGAUUACAAUUUCCCUAACAUUCAUUUUUUUUUUUAAUGAAAAUUUUGUAUUAAAAGUUACAUGGUUCUUUUCCAUUGUGUGAUUGAUCGCGAUUUCAUUUCGAAUUAUUUUAAUGGCAGCCUUCUUUUUUGGAAGGUUCGUCUUGGGGCAAA